AUGCAAUACGCUUGCAAGUCCAUAUCCAAGGCGACGCUAAUCGAAGCGGAUGAUAUAGAGGACGUGCGUCGUGAGGCGGAAAACCCGGCGCAAUCGCAACCCUCGAUCGCCAAACACCAGCACCGCUCAUACCACUCCGUGAAACUCGCGGACUUCGGUCUCGCGGUCCCCUUGGAUCGCGGCGAGUGGACGACGGGGCCCGCGGGGUCGCCGUACUACAUGGCGCCCGAGGUGAUUUCCGGCCAAUACGGCCUCUCCGCCGACGUCUGGUCGCUCGGCGUCGUGCUUCACAUCCUCCUCACCGGCUCUCCACCUUUCUGGGGCCCCGACGAUCAGGGGAUACUGGACAGCGUGGUGAAUGGGCGGUUGGAUUUGGGAGAAAAUUCGGCGGCGUGGGCGGGCACGCGCGUGUCGGCGGAGGCGCGCGGGCUGAUUCGGUGCAUGCUGGAGAGAGACCCGCGGCGACGACCGUCCGCCAACAAGGUGCUCUCGCACCCCUGGCUGCUGCUGCACGCCUUCGGCGGACGUAUCGUGCGGAAGGUGAAGGGGUGCGCGCACGCGGAGGAGGGGAGAAAUGCGCCCGCGACGGCGGGUGUGAUUGUAUAG